AUGAAUUUGGCCCGGAUUCAUGACAAACAAAAGCUAAAGAAAUUUUGGGAGCAGAAGAUAGAGAGACACCAUCAGAUGACUGGGAAGGAAGAAGCCAGAAUGAAGAGGAGCGCUUUAUCAAAGUUACGGAAGGAGUGGAUCCAGAGGCUGCUGAUUCGGAGCCAUGGCGUGAACGGAAAUAUGAGCGGAGAGGAAAUGAAAAAGGAUUGA